AUGCUCUCUGAAUCACCAGAAGUCCUCAAACUUCUCCUUGGUCGCGGCGCAAGAACCACAGACGUCGACGAAGAUGGCCGCAACGUCUGGCACAUUGCCGCUGCAAACUCGGACGUCGAUCUGAUCAAUGCCCUCCACGAACACGACGAACACAAGGAUCAAAAUCUCAGAGGGCUGAUGAAAAACGGAACGACGCCCAUCGCCCAGUCCAUCAUGUAUCCAUUCAAGCUGAUAAGGAGGAAUCGCGAACCCAAAGACCCCGUCGGGGCUCUUCGUAUGCUUGAGGUCUGCGCGCCGAAUGUUGCCUAUCUUCAGAGUCCGACUCCACUCAUUUUCCUAGCAGCGGAAUGGGGCUCUGGGGAGUUGGUUCGCAAGUUAAUUGACUUUGGUGCCGAUCCCUUUGAAGUGGACAACAAAGGCCGAAACGCCCUGCAUUAUCUCAACACUGGUGCCGGGGAGGCUCUGGUCAAAACACUCGUGGAUCUGAAGGUCGAGCCGCUUUUCACAAUGGAGGGGUUGUCGCCUGCGGAAACGAUGUUUGCAUUUUCCAAUUUUUGGGACUUCGGCGGCAUCGACCUGCAUGGACCUUUCAACCAUCCCAUCAGCUCCCGGCCGCUCGACGUUGCUGCGUACAACAAUCUUCUCACAGACGACAUCUUGAAAUCCCGCAACAGCCACGGUGCUGGGCUCUGGGAGCGUUUUGCUGUUGUAGUCAUCGGCACAUGGGCCUCCGAGUGGCGGGCGGAAGUCAACGCCUGGGUCUCUUUGCACAAUGCUGUCCAAUGCUUGAUCAGGAAGGGAGCGCUGGAAAAAUACGAGGAGGAAAAAGUAGAAUGCGGGCUCAUCCCUAUUCUAUCGGUCUGGGCGAAAAAACCGUCUUGGAAUGUUGACACCAUUAGAAGAUGUUUGGAGGAAGUCAUAUUCCCGAUCCUGCAAGCAUCAACCAAAGCUGAUGGAUUCGGAGAAUCACCGACUGCUGUACAGUGUCUCCAGCUGGCCAUUGACGGGGGGCAUACGGACCUCGUCGCCAAGUUGCUCGACCUGGGUGUUUCGGUACAUGCACCCCAUCUGGGCCUUUCCGCACUCGAGUGGGCAUGUAGGCCACUCUUGAUGUGUAAGCCAGCCAUAUUCGACCAGCUCCUUGAGCACGCCGAUGAAAGCAAGUUAGACGGACUUCUCUACAGGCUUCUCCACUAUGGAGACGACCACAAGCUGGAUGCCAUUCUAGAGAAGGGAUGUGAUCCUAACGCAAAGACUUCCAGCGGGGUGCCAAUCGUCGUGGCGUAUAUUGAAAAGGGCCAGACGACCUCUGCGCUGAUCUUACUCGAUUCGGGUGCAGACCCAGGAGCGUCAUCGGAGACUGGUGUCAACGCAGCACUUGCCGCAGCCUCGGAGGGCGACUUGCUCGUUCUGAAAAAGAUCAAGGAAAUUGACAGAAGCUUCGACUGGGGGAAAACUUGCACUUAUGAAUUCCAUUGCUUACUGACCGAACCAGUCACACUAAUGGGAGGCUGCAAUGUGCUCCACUUGGCAGCCUUUGGCGGUUCCUCCGAGGUUCUGCGGUUCUGCCUGGAGGCUUUGGACCUCGAUGUUGAGUCGCAAACCGCGGAUGGUUGGCGACCUAUACACUUCGCCGCCAAUUGUAACCGUGGCGACGGGUCUGGCGUCCGGGUGCUCCUGGGGCACGGCGCAGACCCAACGACCCAACUGCCAACCCGGGGUCACUUUGAUCCCCGGGGUUACUUUGAUCCCCGGGGUCGCUUUGAUCCCCGGGGUUGCUUUGAUCCCCUGGUUCUUGCAGCAAGGACCGUGAGCGAUGCUGUCGAGGCGCUCCUCGAACUCGACCCGGAAACUGUCAGCAAAAUGAACGUUCCCGGGGCCCUUAUGGCGGCCCUCGAUCAUGGAGAUGAAGACGUGAUAGAGCUGUUCCGGCCUUUCAUCCAUGAACUCACGAAAAUACCAGAAAGCAGCGGGGCCAGCAUCAUUGGCGCCGUCCUGGAAUUCUUGAUCCGAACGAGCGAGGAAGAGUUGGAGUUGGCUACCCGUGCUCUGGAGAUGGUAGACCCAGAGUCUAUUAACUCGAUUCGGAUGAGUUGCGGCGAAUGCUCGCCUCUUGUCCUUGCUGCCGCCCGUGGACAGUUCGCGAUUGGGGAAGUAUUUCUGGAUCACGGCAUGACGACGUGGAACCGCGUCCACCACUGCGCGCGCCACCUCAUCCUCGGUCCGAGCUUACAUUACCCUUGCACCGCUUUGCACAUAGCUCUCAUGCUGCCCGGCCAUCUCGCGAGACAACACAUGAAGGGGUUCGUCACGUACCUUCUGGGUGCCAUAGACUGGAGCAGCCACGAGCUGAGUCCCUUUCAUUGUGCCGCCAUCAGCAACGUGCCGGACAAGGUCCAUAUGGUUGCCGAUUGGAUCAGAGGGUAUCCUGAGCAUCAUGCAAAGCUUCUCCGUGGUAUGCGGGCAUGGCCAUCAUCAGCUGCGAAAGGCGUCGCGGGGGCAUAUGAUCCCGCAUCGAAUCUUGCAGGAACUGACCAGCCCGCUGCAUCGGAAUCUACAGCCGACGUCAUUCUCAGGCACUAUAUCAACCAGCCUACCGCCUCGCCCGAUCUACUGCCCAUGUUCCAUACCGGCCAAACGCCACUGCUGGUAGCAUUAGAUGCGCUUAACUCUGGAACGAUGUGCAGCACUGAGAUGAUUGAAGCCCUCUUGAGGUACGGCGCGGACGUCAAUCUGCCUGGACAGGGGUUCUCUGGCACUCCGCUCUACGAGGUCGCAAAGUCCAACCGCCUAGAUGUCGCCCGCCUUCUCUUGGCGCACGGGGCGAACCCCAAUCUCUGGACCUCGUGGCCCUCCAUCCCUCUGAUCACGGCCGUCGUGGAGGGCCACCUGGAGAUGGCGCGGUUGCUUGUGGAGCACGGCGCCGACAUCCAUGUCCUCAACGCCGAGGGCGUGAGCCUGCUCGGCGUCUGCGGCGAGCGGCCCAGGAACCCAGACAUGUUCAUCUGGCUCAUGGGUCUCGGUCUGGACCCUUACAGGGUCGACAAGCAAGGGUAUACGCCGAUCCACGACGUCAUCCUCCGCGGCGGGUUUCCGGGUCUGAUGUUCAACUACGGCUUCGACUUUUCCCGGGUCCGGGACAUACCGAAGGGCUUCCUGUCCCUCAUCAUCGAGUACAACCGCACGACGGUCAACGGUAUUCUGAAAAGGCUGUUGAAGCGCCUCCCUCGGGAGAACGCAGUCCAGAUGACCAAUGCGACACCGGAAAGGUUCGUCAGCCCGCUCUGCAACGCCGUGAUGAGGGGCGAGCUCGACUGCAUACCCACGCUGCUCCGGUACGGCGCGAGAAUCGACGUCGAAGGGUCCAUGGAGGGCUCUGCGCUGAUGGUGGCGUGUGCCAAGGGCAAUCUCGAAGCCGUAAAGGCUCUUUUACAGCACGGCGCGAGCAUCUCGUACCAAACGACAGUCAACGGCGUGCUGGUUUCCAGGAGUGCCGUCGAGUAUGCCAGACCGUUCCCCCAUAUCCUGCACUGGCUUCUCGUGGACCGACACGUUCGUCUGCGGGGCAUUGGGGGAGCUUCGGAGAGUGCUGGGGGAGCGGAGACGAGACCGUGGAGCGGUGGGCGGGUUGCAGGGUAUGAGCUGUCGGGUGUUGGCAUAAGUACCGGACGGAGAUCCGGAGAGACCGGUUUGGAGUAUCUGAGACGUUUGGAUCAUAUUCGGGCGAGGUUGAGGGGACAGGUGGUUCGAGUGGUGGACUCGGGAUACUGCUGA